GUGAUCACUCCAUUCAGGAAGUUGAUGCUAUGUGCUGAGAACCGCAAGGAUAUGGAGGACUGGAUCAGCGCACUCAAGUCAGUGCAGAAAUGGGAAACCUGUGAGGCCAGUCAGUUUAACAUGGAGCACUUCUCUGGGAUGCAUAACUGGUACGCCUGCUCCCACGCGAGGCCCACCUUCUGCAACGUCUGCAGGGACGCCCUGCCCGGAGUCACCUCCCAUGGCCUCUCCUGCGAAGUGUGCAAGUUCAAAGCCCAUAAGCGGUGUGCAGUCAGGUCCACCAACAACUGCAAAUGGACCACGCUGGCUUCCAUAGGCAAUGACAUCAUCGAGGAUGAGGAUGGGGUGUCUAUGCCUCACCAGUGGCUGGAGGGCAACCUGCCGGUGAGCGCCAAGUGUGUGGUGUGCGACCGCAACUGCGGCAGCGUGAGGAGACUGCAGGACUGGAGGUGCCUCUGGUGCAAAGCCAUCGUCCACAACAGCUGUAAGGAGUUGCUGGGGAAGCAGUGUCCUCUGGGCCAGUGCAGAGUGUCCAUCCUCCCGCCCACAGGCCUCAACAGCAUCGACUCCGACGGGUUCUGGAAGGCUCCAGCCUUACAGGGCUCCAGUCCUCUGCUGGUCCUCUGCAACUCCAAGAGCGGGGACAACCAGGGCGUCAAGUUCCUACGCAAGUUCAGGCAGCUGCUCAACCCGGCGCAGGUCUUCGACCUGAUGAACGGGGGACCUCAGCUCGGGUUGCGUGUGUUCCAGAAGUUUGUGUCGUUCCGAGUUCUAGUGUGCGGAGGAGACGGGAGCGUGGGAUGGGUCCUCUCCGAACUGGACAAGCUAGGACUUCAUAAACAGUGCCAGUUGGGGGUACUUCCUCUGGGGACAGGAAAUGACCUCGCUCGUGUGCUGGGCUGGGGCGGUCUAUGUGACGACGACGCCCAGCUGAUGCAGAUCCUGGAGAAGCUGGAGAGGGCAACCACCAAGAUGCUGGACAGGUGGAGUAUCAUGACAUAUGAGAUUCCUACUAAGAGUGCUCCAGCCAUAGUGAAGGAGGAUGAGCCCCAGGAGAAUGCAUUACAGGUGCAGAUGACUCAGUAUGCGGACUCUGUGGUGUCCCACCUCACCAAGAUCCUGGACUCAGACAAGCACAGUGAUGUAAUUUCCUCUGCCAAAUUCCUAUGUGGUACGGUGAAUGAGUUUGUGGCUGAGGUGGGGAAGGCUUACGAGAGAGCUGCGGAGAAUAGAGAAGAGGCGGACGCCAUGGCUAAGAAGUGUGCGAUGUUGAAUGAGAAGCUGGACUCCCUGGUCAAGGCCCUCAGCGAGGAGGCCGACGCCCAGCUGGUGCCCACGGGUUCCGUAUCGCCGCACUCCGAGGACGGCGAGAACGAAAAAGACAGCAACGACACGGAUGGUGGCGGCGGCGGCGGCGGCGGCGGCAUCGGCGGGGAUAACGGGGGUGGAGACCAGUCGUCAUCGGGCGAGUCGCCUGGGGAGGAGGGGCCCGGGAUGCCGAGGGCCUUCAGGAGCCGCGAGCAGCUGAUGCUGAGGGCCAACAGCCUGAAGAAGGCACUCAGGCAGAUCAUACAGCAGGCCGAGAAAGUGGUGGAUGAGCAGAAUCGUCACACUCAGGUGCAGCGCAUGUCCUCCACCUCCUCCAUCAAGCGGCAGGGCAGUGACGAGCUCAAGGACGCCGACAUGCGUCAGGGUUCCAUGAGUCCCCCCCUCACCUCUCCCAUCACCCUGGAGAAGUCCGAGAGCUUCAGCGCCGUGUCAUUCUCAGAGGACUCUGUACUCUGCACUGAGAAGUGUGUGAUGAACAACUACUUUGGCAUCGGACUGGAUGCCAAGAUCUCGCUGGAGUUCAACAACAAGAGAGACGAGCACCCCAAGAAGUGCAGCAGUCGCACUAAGAACAUGAUGUGGUACGGCGUGCUGGGCACCAAAGAGCUGGUGCAGAAGACCUACAAGAACCUGGAGCAGCGAGUGCAGCUCGAGUGUGAUGGAGUGCCCAUGUCGCUCCCCAGUCUGCAGGGCCUGGCCGUCUUAAACAUCCCCAGCUAUGCAGGAGGCAUCAACUUCUGGGGAGGCACCAAAGAGGACAAUAAUUUCGGCGCCCCGUCGUUUGACGAUAAGAAGCUGGAGGUGGUGGCCGUGUUUGGAAGCAUGCAGAUGGCCGUCUCACGCGUCAUCAACCUGCAGCACCAUCGCAUCGCACAGUGUCGUCAGGUGAAGGUGACUAUCCUGGGGGAUGAGGGCGUACCCGUGCAGGUGGACGGAGAGGCCUGGAUACAGCCGCCCGGCAUCGUCAAGAUCGUACACAAGAACCGCGCACAGAUGCUCACCAGAGACCGGAACUUUGAGAGCACCCUGAAGUCGUGGGAGGACAAGAAGAAGGGCGACAGCUACUCGGCCCGCCCGCGCCUCAACUCCCAGCAGUCUGUGGAGUACCUCAGCGAAGAGGAGGGGGCUCAGGUGCAGCAGCUAGGCAUCGUGGCAGACGCACUUCUCAACAGGAUACGAGAGGCAGCCAAGACCCACAAGGUGGUGGAGCAGGAGCUGGCUCAUGCCGUCAACGCCACGGCCCUGGCCCUCACUGAGGCCUUCCCUGCCAAACCCUCCAGCCCAGAGUGCCUGAGUCGCAGUGCGGCGGUGGAGAUUGUGAACACCAGCAAGGUGCUGCAGCAGGAGACCAAGAUGCUGCUGGAGGGGAAACUACUGCAGCUGGAGUCGUCCCAGGAGCGCGAGCUGCACUCCACACUCAACAGCCUGGCGGCAGAGCUCCUCAAGCUGGAGGACAUCCACUGGAUAUGGCCCAGCAUGCACUGCUCUGAUGAGGAGGAGGAGGCGGUGAGAGGGGCCAAGAGCAGCAUCAAGCUGAAGAUCAUGCCCAAAGCCAAGAAGGAGCGCGAGAAGCUGCACAAGCAGAAGUCCAACAGCUCCCUCUCAGGUACGGGAGGACUCACUACAUACAACGGAAAGGGCAAAUGCACAUUUUGCACUAUGUUUGGCUGGUUUUAUGAAAAGAUAUGA